AAAAGCUCGUUUAAAAUACAUAAGUCCAUGAAAAAAUCAAAUCAAAUCCCCAGACAAAAAAGAAAAGCGCUUUCGUCAAUUACACGAACUGUGUCUCCUCUACCAGUUCUUUUCGACAGAAUUGAAUACCAAGAGGAGGGAUUCGCUCCACAGAGAGAUACGAUUUGAAUUAUUAUAUAUAUAUUUCUAAAAUUGAGCGGAAGAUAAAAUAUGGGUAGGAUGAAGUGGCGGAACUGCUGAACGAGAAAUUAGGGUUCUUUUGGUUCUCCCUCCGCGAUAACCGGGCCUCCAUAUCUGUUUAACCUUGGUUUAACCGAACUCAAGUAGUUGCUCUGAUUUUCGAGCAUUGGUUCGAUCAUCUUUUCCCCGAAAGCUAAUCCCAAACUCUGAUUUGGCCAGUGAAGAAAGUAUCCUACUGCUUGUCCCAGGUUAAAUAACUACUACUUUAGAGAAUGGAAGAAGCAGCAGCAUCAGUAGAUGAAGGCUUAGAAUUCAAGUGGGGAAAACAGAAAGGAGUUGGUGGAAAAAAGAAAGACGUCAGGUUCUAUGAAUCUUUCACCUUUGACGGUGAUGAAUACUGUCUUCACGACUGUGUCUUGGUCACCGAUCCCAACGAGCCGGACUCUGACGAACUCUUUGUUGGCAAGAUCAUCAAAAUUUGGGAACACACUAAUAAGCGUGCGAAACACCCUAGGCAAGUCAAGCUUCUCUGGUUCUUUAAACCUUCUGAGAUGCCGCCAGGUGUAGUUGAAGCAGUCCCGGAUGUACUUGCAAACGAACUGUUUUUGGCUUCCGGCGAAGGUCCAGGCCUCGCUAGUGUCAACCCAUUGGAAGCAAUCUGUGGAAAGUGCUCUGUUCUCUGCAUUUCAAAGGACGAAAGGAAUCCACAACCAGCAGAUGAUGAAGAAAUCAAGGCAUCAGACUUUGUAUUUCGCCGAGCAUUUGAUGUUGGAAGCUGCGAAGUCUUGGAUACAAUAGAUGAUAAAAUCGCUGGAGUUGACGUUAAAUGUAUCUUUAACAGAGCGGGUAGUAAGAAAGAAGUAGCUCCUGUACAGAAAAUCCAAGCUGAUGUAAAUGGAAGUCCAGAUAGUUUGAAACCAAAUGGUCUUUCAGUUUCUGGUUCAGUUCGGAAUACUGAAGAUAACUCUACUGAAUCUUCUGACUGUAGAGAAAGCAAUUCUAACAAGGAUUCUAGUGUGCAGCAAAACACUAGUGAACACGUCUCUUGCGAAGCUUCUGGCUCUGGAGGAGAUCAUGAUGACGGCAAAGCUCAAGAAAAUGAAGUUAGGAAACAAUUUAUUAAACAAAAAUCUAUGCCUCCGGAAGAUAGAUGUAGUAACAGUUGUGAAGCUUCUGGCUCUAAGAAACCGUUGAUUAAACAAAAGUCUAUGCCCGCUGGAGAGAGAGAUAGUAGAGAGUCGAAUGGAUUGGACGACAGGCCUCGAAAGAAACAGAAACUAGAUGGUUCUGUCACAGUAUCAAAUGGACGCAGUACAGACAUUUCGCAGCGGGACGCUAGUACUGAGGGUAAAAGAGAUACAGAUGUUUUUAAGAGACCUAGAGAGAAAGUGACAGGAGGUGAAGAUGCUGCCGAGGAGUCCAGAUUCGUUAAGAAGAAGCCAUAUCUUGGGGUGUCAGUUUCUGAAGGAAAAGAUGCAAAAACUGGAACUGAGAAAGGUUUAUCUAAGAGACCGAGCUUUGAUGGUAAGCUAAUAAAACGUGCUGAGGACAAGAUGGUGGAAACUGAUUACAAAAGAAAUUGUCAAGUAACUGAAGUGAGCAGAAAGCCGGAUGCUGUAAACAGCAAAUGGUUUCGUCCUCUCCCUUGGGAAGAAAGUAUGAGGGAGGCAGAAAAGGAAGAGAAACUGGUUCUCCUUCAAAACUUGGAUCCUACUUAUACAUCUGAGGAAGUGCAGGAUAUAGUCUUUUCUGCUUUGAAUGAGCUAUGUACAGCGAGGAUGAUAGAGCGUACAUCACUCGCUUUUUCUCAUAUUGGUGAAGCUUUGGUCAUAUUCAAUUCAAGACAAGCUGCAGUAAGAGCGAUAACGAGACUUGAUGAAGGAUGCUUGUUGCUAUCAAAUGGGAGGCCUCUUAUUGGGGCGUUCGCUAAGGUCAAUCCUCCUGGGAAGCCGUCUUCACCAUUCUGCGGCCAUAUCAAACUACAGAAAUCUCAAACGCGACGAGAGACGAGAGAUUCUGUGUCUACGUCGCGUGGUUCUCAGCCGAACACCCUUGAAUUUGAAAUGGCAAUGGAGUGGCGGUUGCACCGAGCCAGAUCUGACCAUGCCCUUGAAACGGUAUCUAAGCGGCAAUUGGAUGAGAGAAAGUCGCAGCGGAUUAACUUCAAGCCUAAACUACCGUAGCUUCAUACUAUUGAUCUAAUCUUUUCUUAAGACGGUGACUAAAGAGAAUCUUGCUAUGGUACUAAGAAAGAAAUAUCUUGCCAUCGAAUCCACCAACUUCGACACGGAAACAUGCUGAUGAGGCUUCUUUUCUCAAUCGGACAACCGCCUUGGGUAUAGUUUAAGGGAGUUACUUUUGAGUUGUAACGUUCAGAUUUUUAUGACUGGUAGGUUUUCUUUACACAAGUUCCAUGUAAGAUUGUUCUUGAUUAGUUACUUAUUUCAUUUGACUAAGUUUGUUUUGCCGCAUACAUUAGUGAUCUAUAAGAUCAUAAAUUUUUGCCAGAAUUAUGGAAAA